AUGCUACACACGAAACCCAUCCUCCAGGCCCGUUCCAUUCUCCUCCAUCACAUCAAAAACAUCAUGGCCCUUCUCCAGCCCAUCAUGGCCCCAACAACACGGCGUAACGACGACAGGGUGAUACCCAGAGUCGUCGCCGCCACCGCACGACGGAGGUUAACUCUCCCGGAGCGGAUCCCCCACGGCGCGUGGGACUCCCACAUGCACGUCGUUGACCCGGCCGCCUACCCCUUGGCAAAGGAUGCCGUCUACUGCCCCAAGACGCACCGCCUCGACCACGCCCUCGCCUUCGAGUCCUCCGUCGGCAUCGACAACAUCGUCCUCGUCCAACCCUCCAUCUACGGAAACGACAACACCUGCCUCCUCGACGCUCUCCGCGCCCUCGGCCCCCGCCGCGGCAGGGCGGUGGUGGCCUUUGAACCCGGCAGCGUGCCGCAGGGCACACUUGCCGAGUGGCACAGGCUCGGUGUAAGAGGCGUCCGGAUCAACCUCUCCUCGGUGGGCAAGUCUCUCAACGCCGCCGAGCUCGACGCACUACUACGUCGAUACGCCCACGACUGCAAGCCCCUGGACUGGGUUAUACAGGUGUACAUGCCCAUGUCCAUGAUCGAGCUCCUGGAGCCCAUCGUCCCGACUCUCGGCGUGCGAGUAUGCAUCGACCACCUCGGACACCCUUGCGUCAAGGACAUGCCGUCACACAACCCGUACGACAUGAAGGGCUUCAAGUCCCUGGCCAAGCUUCUCCGGGCCGGAAACACCUACGUCAAGCUAUCGGCGCCGUACCGGCUGAGCUCCAUGGCCGACCACAGCGAUUUGGAACCGAUUGCGCGAGAGGUGCUUCACCUCCGGGGCAAGGACAGAGUCAUCUUCGCAACGGACUGGCCGCAUACGCGGUUCGAGGGUCUGGAUAUUCGUCCAUGGAUGGAGACUGUGCUCGACUGGUGCGGCAAGGACGACGUGUUGGUCGACAGGUUAUUCAGAGGCAACGCGGAGGACUUAUGGAAUGCCCGUCGCAGUAGAUGA